UCACAUACCUUCUAAUACUCUGUUGUUAUUUUUUAUUUUUCCAAUUUUAAACAUAAAUUUUUUAUUAUUAUCCGCUAAAACAUCACAAAUUAUGCAAAAUGCAAGCCUUAACAUGUAGAAAUUUGGUCAAAACUUGCCUCCGAAAAGAGUUCCAAAACCGGUCUUUUGCUAAUUUUCAAAAAUUCGCCAAAAAUCAUCAUCAAAAACAAUCCCAAAAACUUCUCUUGACGACGAGUGGCGUUUUAGCAGCAGUUAUUGGCGCAACGUACCUCAUUAAUCAACGCAAGCUUGGAGUGGUAAAUUGUGCGACAACAGCUGACAAACAAAAGAAGAAGCCCCUAUAUUUCAAGACAAUUCGUGCAGAUUUGCCUACAUAUCGUCGUGAUGAGAUAAGAAAGCACAAUUCAAUUGAGAAUCGCGUUUGGUUGACUUACGGAAUUGGCGUUUAUGAUGUCACGGAUUUCAUUCCUCGACAUCCCGGAGCGGAAAAUAUUAUGUUGGGAGCUGGCGAGGCAAUUGAACCCUUUUGGAAUACGUAUCAACAGCACAAUACAAUCGAAGUUUUGAGAAUUCUUGAGACUUUUCGCAUUGGAAACGUUCAUCCGGAUGAUGCGCUUGACACGAGUGAUCUUUAUGACCCGUGGAUUAACGAACCGAAGCGUGAGAAGAAAUUUAUCGUUGCUGCAGAACGUCCUUUCAACGCAGAACCGCCUGCUGAGGAUUUAGUAAAGAAUUUUUAUACGAGCCAGAAAGAUUUUUAUGUAAGAAAUCACUUGCCUGUGCCCGAAAUUGACAUCAAAACGUACGAAAUUGAGUUUGUGAACGAAAAAUCCGGCAAAACCAUGACUUUGAGCUUUGAUGAGCUUCGAAAGCGAUACAAACCAGUUGAAGUUACGGCAGCAAUCAUGUGCGGCGGGAAUCGUCGAUCGGAAAUGAUGGAAGUUCGCGCCGUAAAAGGACUUCGUUGGGGACAAUCCGCUGUCGGAAAUGCAAAAUGGAAGGGAUUUCGCUUGGCAGACAUCUUAAAAGACCUCGAAGUUGAGCAAAAUGAAACGGAUCACGUGCAUCUCGAAGGUUUAGACACGGAUCCAACUUAUACUCCGUAUGCGGCGUCAAUUCCCUUGAACAAAGCCAUGGACCCCAGAGGCGAUGUCAUCCUCGCUUUUGAGAUGAAUGGCGAACCCUUGUCCCGAGAUCACGGAUUUCCGAUUCGUGUCGUGACUCCGGGCAUCGUUGGAGCGCGAAACGUCAAAUGGCUCGGCAGAGUUGUCGUCUCCAAAGAUGAAUCGAACUCGCAUUGGCAACAAAAAGACUACAAAGGUUUCAGUCCGAGCACAGAUUUCGACAAUGCCGAAUGGGAAAAAUCGCCGGCGAUACAAAAUAUGCCUGUGACAUCGGCAAUUUGCACGCCCGCCAAUGGCUCAAAGGUAAAAGUGAAGAACGGAGAGAUCGAGUUGAAGGGUUAUGCGUGGUCUGGAGGCGGAAAUCGCAUUGUAAGAGUCGAUGUGACAACAGACGAAGGCAAAACGUGGCACGUGGCAGAGUUGGAACAAGAAGAUAACGCAAAAGCACCCAGCGGAAGACAUUGGGGAUGGUCUUUGUGGACCAUUAAAGUGCCUGUUGACAAAAAUUCGAAGGAGUUAAAGAUUUGGGCGAAGGCAGUUGAUUCGAAUUAUAAUGUGCAACCGGAAAGUUUUGAGAAUAUUUUUAAUUUUAGAGGCGUUUUGAGCAAUGCUUAUUCAAAAAUUAAGGUGCAAUUAACGUAAAAUCGAUGCAAAGCAUUUAAAAAAUUUUUACAAAAAAUAAAAAUUUGGAUUAAAAAUCCAUUUUCUUGAUUUUCCAA